AUGCCGAUGAUGAGGAAGGUAGUAACAAUAAUGAUAGCGCCAAUAACGAGGAAGGCAGUAAACAGCAAUAAUGAUAUCACCAAUAAUGAGGAUGACGAAGAUGCCGGCGACGGUAACAUAGACGAAGAAGAAUAUUUAGAUGAAAACAAGAUAAUCGUUUAUGAUAUUAUUGAUUGCUAUGUAUCAACAACUCGGGCUGAUCUAGAUAUUCUAGAAAUAUAUCAUAAAAUUCUACAUGAAAUUUUCGACGAAAUAGACAAGGAUUAUAUAACAGAUGAAAUUCAUAAUUUUCUCACCGACUUUUUUAAUGCUGAUCACGGUAAACAAGGAUGGUAUGAUUCAGUUAAGAGAAUAGUCAUUAAUGAAAAAGACUCAGAAUUACUGCAAGGUACAAAAGAACUGCUUAAGGGAACAUUAGGACGAUUAUGCACUAAACCCCUUGAGAGAUGUUACGAUUUUAGAAAGGCCUUAUCUCUUAUACAUCCGUUAAUGAAAUGCGUUGUGGAUUUUCGCAACGGUGAAAUUUCUUUGCAAGGAAAGCAAGUCAUGACAGAUGGUGUUGGAUACCUUAAUGAUGUCUCAAGCUACCAAAUCGUUUGCAUGGAAGGGGCAAAUCAGAGGCGAGGAAUGAAAAAAUGUUAA